AUGAAGACUGUUGUCCUGGAGACCUCAGAGACCCAAUGUCCCCCAGGGCCUGGCUCAAUGAGAGGCAUGAACAGUGUGGUACUAGACUCUGAAUCAGAUGAGGAGAUAUCUGGGUCAUCCAUGAUGUUGUUGGGAGACCCAGCCCGUAAGAGGAGACUAGAGGUGUGUAACAGCUCCCAGGAGAGUGGGGCAUCCAACUCCAGCAAGAAACCAGCCCUCCAGGAAGAUUUAGUUCCCAAAUUCCCUCCCAGGUCCUGUAGACUGAUUAUUUUUCCUUUCUUAGAGAGGUCCAGUCAAGAGGACACCCAGGCAUCAUCAUCAGCUAGUUUUCCCCCCUAAACCUCAGCAUGCCAGGCAGCCCAAGCAGCCAAACCCCCUGGUCAUCCCCCAUCACUACCUCACAAGCCUACCAAUGGGAGCAUAAUUAAGACCUUCAAUAGGCUGACCGAAGGAGCAGACAAAAGGAGGAAGGUGAUUCCAGAUCCAGGCACCAGCUCUGAGGACAAGGCCAGUGAUGACUUUGAUGUGUCUGCUGAGGGCAUGGAGAUGAACUUGGAUGCCUCAGGUUCAGAUCAGGAGGUUGGAACAGGGUCUAAUGUGAAGGGACAGAUCCUCUGUUUUUUCCAGGAGGCAUCGCCGGUUGAGCUGUCUCUCAUCUCUGGCUGCUCUGUGAAGAAGGCCCGGAGGAUUGUCGAGCUGCGCCCAUUUAACGAGUGGGAGAAUCUGGUGGCUGUUCUCGACAGAGGGAACGGCCUCUCCACUGACCUGGUGCAGGGCUGUUGUGUGGUCCUGAGGGAACCGGACGUGGCGCGCAGCCUCUUGACCAAGUGUGAGAACAUCACCAACAAGAUGAUGCAGGACGUGACUCAAGUGGUGGAGAGGGACAAGGGCUUCCAGAAACAGCCUGAGAUCCUCAACAGCAAGUUCCAGUUGAAGCCUUAUCAGCUAAUUGGUCAAAAUUGGCUGACUCUGCUAUACCAGAACAACCUGAGUGGAAUCCUUACUGAUGAAAUGGGUUUGGGGGAAGACCAUCCAGGCCAUCUCUUUUCUGUUUUCUUGUUAAAGCAAGGAACAACAAAGUGACAUCACAUUGUAAAGAUUCCACGUUACCAUGGAAACAGAGUCAACUGCACGAAUGCCCGGCUGUCCCGUCUUCAAUCAGCUGUUAGUUCGGUCUUCAUCCAUAAUCGUCGCUUAUAUGGUAAUUGUGCCAGUCCUCGCUUUUAACAGACUUUGCUUCUCUGGUGUACUAUGGUGAGUGACUCAUCUGUUCAUUCUGAAUGGUGGGACACAUCAUACUGUAGCCAUCAUGGUUAAGGCUUAACAUUGAUUUGAUUAUACAGAUUUCAACCUGUUGGUUUAAGUCACCAGAAGUGAAAGGAUUACCAAAUAUAGAUUCAGUUUA